CAACAGCCUUUUGAAGGAAAGGAAAUUAAUAAUAAUAGUAAUAAUAUACAAAGAAGAAUGAAGGCAGGGAUACCCGCUAUGACCGCCUUCGUCAACUCAUUACCACACUAAUGAUAACUUAUGUUGGAAAUGUAAAGAGAAAGAAGGCACUUUUUUCAUAUGUGGUGGACGUGUCCCAAUGUGAAAGACUUUUGGGAAAAGAUUUAUAAUGAAUUUUUAAAAAAUGUUGAAAAAUACAUUUAUUAAGAAACCAGAAGCCUUUCUACUUGGAAUAACAGGACCGGAACUGCCCAAGAAGGAUGUUAGACUGUUUUUGUAUGCCACUACAGCAGCAAGACUUUUAUUAGCCAAAAAUUGGAAAUUGCAAGAAAUACUGACAUUAGAAGAAUGGCAGAUGAAGAUGGACUUUUUGGAGCUGGCUGACCUGACUGGAAGAAUCCUCGACCAGAAAGAGGAAACACAAGAAGACUGGAAGAAAUUUAAAGAAUAUUUAGUGAGAUACUGUAAUAUAAGAUAAUUAGGAAAUCCCUUUGAAGUAACAGAUUAGGCUAAGGGAUAGAAAAAGGUUAAUAAUAAAAAUUAUUAUGGAUGACAAUUGGAAGUAAGCUUGAGAAGUUUGUUAUGAAGUUUGUUAUAUUUAUGUUAUAAAUAUGAAAUUGGGAACUGCUAAAUAUGUAAUAUGAAAUCCAGAUUGGAGGGUGUCGGGGAAGCCUUUUAGCAAUGUAAAUACACCAGGGAAUAAGAAGAAAAAAUUCUUCUUUUAUUUUGUCUGUUUUUAUUGUUGAUAAUUUUUUAUGUUGUGUCAAAUGUAAUGUUUUUCUUUUGUGUUUUUGUCUAUGCGUUAUAAGAGAAAACGACUAAAUUUUCUGGAAAACCAAAACUCUGAGGCGGGAGGGCGCCUCGAAACCGCCUUUUCCUCCCGCCUCACACAACCACGCCAUGAGGUCGCCAUUUCCCCCGUAUCCCGCCCUCAGGAGAGCCGCCUUUUUUUUGCGCGGGCCAGGGGCACUUCGCCGCCCCCAUCCCCCUCACCCCGAGCUGCCCAGCCAUCUCCCUCCGUAAAAAAUCCCUUUCCCCGCUCCCUCGCUUUCGUUUUCGGCGCCUCCUCCCGCUUCCCUCCCCUUGACGAGGCUCGGGAAAGCGAAAGCCGCCAGGCCGGCCGAGCUCAUUUCCCGCCUCUUUUUCCUUCCCCGCCUCGAGCCCGGCGGGGCAAACGGCCGCAACGAAAGCGCCAUCUACGGGCAUGGGGCGCGCACUGCCGGCUCCCUCCGCCGCCGCCACUCCUUCCGUCGCGGCCGAGCGGGCAGGAGGGAGCCUGCCGCGGGGCUGCGGGGUUUGUGAGGGGGGAUCCCUCCGAGCUGCUCUCGCUGAGGGAAAGUUUGUGGCCGCCGAGGGAGACAUGAGCGGAGGCCGGAGGGGGAGCAGCAGGAGCUGCCGGGGCGACGAGGAGGAGGAGAGGGAAGCGGCUCUCCAGAAGCUCAUCGUCCGCCUGAAGAAUGUCCAGGAAGGGAAGCAGAUCGAGACCCUCGUCCAGAUCCUGAGGGAUCUCCUCGCCUUCGCCUCGUCGCCCAGCGGUCCUCCCUUGCUCGUCGGGAAGAACGUCCACGUGCCUCUGUUGUUGGUGCUGGCCUCGUACAUGAGGGCGGCGAGCGUGCAGCAGGUAAAGAAAUAAAAGCACGUUUAAAAGAAGAACGGGAAAUGCUUGCAUGGGUGAAAAGAUGUGUGCAUUUCUAAAAAAACCCGCUGGCAGCACUGAGAUGAUAAAUUCAACGGUGUAGAUCAGUUUUGAGGGAUGCAACACUGAAUGGUUUCACGUAUAUAAAAUAGGCAGGGAUUUGUGGUAUGUAAAAGGGACACGGGUGGCGCUGUGCAU